ACCUGUAAAGAAGGAAAACAAAAUUUAGCAAUAUAGUUGUUAGUGUCAUGGAAUAUAAUAUAUUAGUAUGAAAGUUUGAAUAAUUUUUCAUUCAUCUUGUAUAUCUCAAAAUACUAGUGAUGCGUUAUGUCAAAAAAAAAAAAAACUAGUGAAUAGUGAUGUAAUAUUGCAAUAUGAAUUUAAUGUAUAUAUGUGUUUUGGUGUAGAUAUGUCUUCAUCGGCGAGUGGUGGAAGAAGACAAGAUCCUACAUGGAAAUAUACUUCAUUAGUUGAUGAAGGGAAUGCCAAUAAACAUAAGUGCAUAUUUUGUAACAAGAUCACAAAUAGCGGCAUAUCCUGACAAAAAGAGCAUCUAAUCGGGACGGAUAGAAAACGCAAAAAUGUGAGUCUUUGUCAAAAAGUCCCUCCCGAUGUGGUUGAAGAGCUAAAAGAUUAUGAAGAAAGACAAAAGAUGGCUAAAAGACAACAAGCUAUAGAUGAAUAUCUCCCCAAACUUGGAGAUGAGAACAUGGUGGAAAUUGAUGAUGAGGAGGAUGAAGAUGAACAAGUACAAGAACAUAGAGAGAGAGGAAAAGGCUCGGCGGUUCCUAGGUCAUCUUCAGUAACGGCAAGAGGAAGAGGGAGUGUUGGCAUGCACAGUGCGGGAUCUUCCACGGGCCCAAAGAGGAAGGGGCCGAUGGAUGCAUUUCUUACAUUCGAUCCCGCUCUUGAGGUCGCCAAGGAUGAAAGAAGGCGCAAGUUGAGACAAUCGUGUAUUGAAGAAAGCCUCAACAAAGAUGCAGUGGCUAAAGUGCAUCAAGACAUAGCUCGGUGGUGGUAUCAAGCCGGCAUUCCCUUUAAUGCCGCUCGUCUUAGAUCUUUCAAAAUCAUGUUAAAGUCCGUGGGGGCUUUUGGGCCUAACUUGCCUCCUCCGACAUUACACCAUUUGAGAGAGCCUUUGCUUAGGAAGGAGAAAAAAUACACUGAUGAUCUGAUACAACCUCAUAAAGAGGUGUGGGCUACCAAAGGUUAUUUUUUUAUGUCAGAUGGUUGGAGUGACAGAAAGGGGAGAACAUUGAUCAAUUUUCUUGUGAACUCUCCUCGUGGUACGGUGUUUCUUUCAUCUAUUGAUGCGUCUGAUGAGAUCAAGACGGGUGACAGAAUGUUUGAGAUACUUAGUGAGCAGAUUAAGCUCAUAGGACCUCAGAAUGUUGUUCAGAUCAUCACGGAUAACUAUUCUAGUCUCAAAUAUGCAGGCAAAAUUUUAUUUUGGUUAUGAAUCCUUUGCUAAUGUUAUGUUA